AUGCAGAUCCUGCUCUGUGGACUGCUGUUGUUGGCCGCUGUGGCCGGAGGUCAGGCGCAGUGCAUGACCAGAGAUGACACCGCCAUCAACGUCACUAACAACCAAGUUGUCUACAUCAGUAGUUCCCACGACUUCGCAGUGCGGCUGUUUCAAAAGCUGCACCCGGAGUGCCAGGGUCGCAACCUCUUCUUUUCUCCGUACUCGAUCUGGAGUGCGCUGACGCUGGCGUUCUUCGGCGCGGAAGGCGACACCCACUCUGAGAUGGCGCAGGCGAUGGGUCUCUCCGGCCUGAACAAGGUGGACGUCAUGCGCGCCUUCCGCUUCAUACUGUUCUGGCAGAAUGUGGAGCUGUCCGACAAGAUUGACGACGCCGGUAAAAACGAGCUUCGUGUGGCAAACCGGCUCUUCUUCGACCGCCGGCAGAAGGUGAAGCUGUGCAUGAAGGAGCUCUUCCACAACGAGAUCGAGAUGGUUGACUUCCGGAAGGCCAGCGAGGAGGCGCGGCAAACCAUCAACGCCUGGGUGGAGGAGCAGACGGCCAACUGCAUCAAGGAGCUGGUGCCACCCGGGUACGUGGAUUCUAACUCGCGGAUGGUCCUGGUGAACGCUGCCUACUUCAAGGGCACCUGGGUGUCGCAGUUCCGUCCGAACGAAACCCAGCUGGCGCCGUUCCACUCCUCCAAAGAGGACGUCUCCAUGGUGAGCAUGAUGCAGCAGGAAGGCACGUUCAACUGCGGUCCUUCGGAGCCGCUGCAGGCACAGGUGCUGGAACUGCCGUACCUGGGCCACCAGAUCAGUAUGUAUAUCCUGCUGCCGUUUGCAGACAGUUCACUGGAUGUCACUAUCUCCAGGCUGACUCCGAAGAUCCUGCGCGGCGCCUUCGAGUUCAUCAGCCCUGGUGAAGUGAACAUCCACAUCCCAAAGUUCCGCGUCGAGGAGGACUACGAACUGAGCAGCGUGCUCAGUGACCUCGGCUUCGAGCGGCUCUUCAAUGGGUCCACCGCCGACCUGAGCGGCUUCUCCAAGUCCGGAAACAUGGCGCUGGGCAACGCGCUGCACAAGGCCUUCGUGGAGAUCAGUGAGGAGGGCACCGAGGCUGCAGCGGCCACGGCGCUUCUGGACAACCGGUCCGGCCACCCUUCGCGGGUGGAACAGUUCAUCUGCGACAGGCCCUUCAUGUACGUCAUAUACUACAAGCCGACACACACCAUGCUCUUCAUGGGCACCUACGAGCACCCGGACGUCGAGGCAAAAGAGUCCGGGGAGUCGGAAGAGGGUGACUUCUAA